UGACACGUGUAACCUGAGCCCUCGGACAGGACUCCCUCCAUGUCACUUUCAUCUCUGCAGUCCAUGGGAUUGUAAGCAAAAUGCGAAGCUUUGAUUCAGCCAUGGCGUUGAAGUGUGUAGGAAGACUUCGUCCUGUACUGCAGCGGCUGAGGGGCACCGCCACACCGGGCAUAUUGAAGACCUCGCUGGUUGUCCCACAGCAGGAUCAUCACAUCACACUUCUCAGCAGACAUCUUGCUACAAAAAGCAGUAAAGGAAAAACUAAAGGCCCGGCCCGGGUGAAUAUCAAUACUGCUUUAGUUGAAGACAUUAUCAACUUGAAAGAUAUUGAACAAGAUAUGAAAAAUGUGGUUGACAGCCUUAAGGAAGACUUUAACAAAAACCUAUCCAUCAGAACAUCCCCAGGUGCAUUUGACCACAUUGUUGUAAAAACAAAAGAUGGCAAAUUUCCCUUGAGCCAUUUAGGACAAAUCACCCUGAAGUCUCCCCGGCUAUUUGUCAUCAACAUGGCGAGUUUUCCAGAGAGUGCUGAUGCAGUUGUGAAUGCUUUAAGACAAAGUCAGAUGAACCUGAAUCCAGAACUAGAUGGGACCAUAAUCCGUGUACCAGUCCCUCCGGUAACUCGAGAGCAUCGGGAGAAUUUGACAAAACUGGCCAAACAGCUGACAAAUAAAGCAAAGGAGUCUGUACGAAAGAUUCGAUCUGGGGCUGUACAGGACGUUAAGAAAUUUAAGACUACAGUUUCUGAAGACACAAUAAAAUUGAUAGAAAAACAGAUCCAGCAGAUGGCGGAUGAUGUAUCCGCAGAAAUGGACAAACAACUGGCAUCAAAGACAAAAGAGCUGCUGGAGUAGGGCUUGUGGGGAAUUGGAAAGAUGGGAAGUAGUCGCACAUUUUCUCCGUGUGCUGGUACAUGAUCCAUUCAGGAGAGGGUUAUUCUGGAUACACUGACUGAUAUGUGUCAGGGUGCUGCGGACUAAUAACAGGCACAAAUUAUCACAGUCCUGAUUUAUCUGGAGAUAUAUGUCUGUGAAUGUAUUGCAAAUCUCAGAUUAAAACGAUUAGGAAUGAUGAUGAAGAAACAAGAAUCAUGACCAGACCCUAACCCAGAGUAUGAACCCACAGGCUCUGUAUCUUGGAACAAUUUGGUUUUUCAAUUCUUGUACAGCUUUUUCUUUAUACUCAAUAUUAUAUAUAAGAAAUAAAAUGUAUAUAAUAAAAUAU